AUGUCACAACGAAGCAGACUCGAAAAUGUGCCGAUUUUCGCGCCUUUCCCUCAAACCAAUAUUUGUAUUCCAAAUGAUGAUCUUGUCAACCAAAUUAUUGCGUCCAUUGAUCCUACAAUACUUUUAAAGAUCAGGCAAUACACUUAUCUAGAAAUUAAAGAUUUGAUUGCACCUAAACCAAAAAAGAACCGUAGUAGGCAAAAAAUUCCACGUCCACAAAACCCUUUUGUGAUAUUUCGUAGGAACGAACAAGCAAAAAUGUUAUCCGGCUUGGAUCCAAAAAUGAAAGAAUCGAUGCUUGCCUUUGUAUCAAAAGCUGCUGGAAAAGAUUGGAAGACUGCUAACGCCGAAGUGAAGAAUGUAUUUAACUAUUUGGCUCAAUUGGCCAAAAAAGUUCAUGAAGAAACUUAUCCUGAUUAUGUUUAUCAACCAAGAAAGAAAUUUGAUAGAUCCA